UUACCUAGUCAGUCACUUUUGAUGGACGGCUUCCUCAGGGCAAAGUCACGGUUGAGCCAUAUUCUUUCCAUUAAUGGUGCUCUGUGGGAUUUUUAAGGUUUAGAUCCUGAACAAAUCCUGAUCGAUCCUUUUCCAGAACGUUGUCCUUGACUUGUUUUGACAGCUCCUUGAUCUUCAUGAUGUCAUUUGUCUAGAUGUGUUCUCCAACAAUCUCUGGGGUCUUCCAAGAAUCAAGUGUAAUUAUAUCAAGAUCAUAGGACACUUUAAUUGCAUGCAGGUCAACUCCAUUCUAAUAAUGAUGCGAAGGCUUCUGAUUGCACAAGAACUAAUUUAAGGAUUCCACAACAUUGGAUAAUUAUGCAAUCAAUUAUGAAUACUUAAACAAUCACUUUUUUUUUUUUAUUUGUAAAUCAUUUUGCAUACUAUAUUCAUUCUCAUCUACUUCAAUAUUAUGGAUUAUUUUGUGUAGAUUCAUGGCAUAUAAACCCAAUUAAGUGCAGUUCAGUUCCAGGUUGUAACACUAUAAAAUGUGGAAAAGUUCAAGGGGCGAGUACUUACAAAAGCACUGUACGUGCACUGCUCAUUAGGCAGUAAUAAAGUAAUAAUACUCGUUACAUGUUUUGCAUUUCAAGGACCAAAUGCCACCUGUACCACUCCAGAGAACCUGGCUGGAAAAAGAAUCCUGGAUGUGCUCAAUAUAUCAACAACAGUGCUACCUCCAGUUACAAGCAGUACAGUCCCUACUACAAAAACCACUUCUACUUCUACUAUAGUAACAGCUUCCAGUAAAACCUUUAUUACCAUCCAAAGUUCACCACGUCAAGGGUUGACCACAGUAAGCAGUGACAACGUUUCAAUCACAGCUGACAAGACGGUGGCGGCCAACGCCUGGAAGUUCCUCACUGGAGUGAUCGUGAUCAUUCUCUGCUCAUCCAUGGUCAUCGUAUGCGCGGUCAAAUCGCCCAUCUGGUACAAGAUGCUCUUCGACUACCGGCACCAGAGGCUGCACGAAGCCGAGGAGCCGAGUAUCUUUAACACAGGCCGCUACUCCAACUUCAGCCUGGACACGGAGCAGACGGAGACCAGCGCUAACGAGCUGGACCAGGGCCUUACGGGGCCGGCCGAGGAUGAAGACGGCUUUAUAGAGGACGGCUACAUUCAGCCUGAGGACUACAAGGAGCAUGCUGAGGUUGAUGAAGUAUAAACUGAGUGACCCUCCCUAAACUGGUCACAAUGACUGACGGGACUGUUUAAGGUUCAAUAGAAAACAGGUCCGUUUGAGGCAUGCUAAGC